CUGACUUAAGGUGAAAGAUUGAUGCAUGUGAGGCAGUAACUGCUGAUAUUAUCAAAAUCAUAUAUGAAAGACUUUCAGGUGUUGAUGGAGAUUUUGAUGCAGAACAUGAAAGAUGUCGACUACGCCAGCUACUUAAUCACAACUAUGCAUAUUCCAUUUAUGGCUCUACGGCUGCACAGUCAAAUGCCACCAGCCAUUCCACAUCUUCACACCUUGCAUCCAAACGAGUCGAGGCAGCGGCAGAGUUGGCUGCAAAGGAGGCAGAAUACAGGAUAGUGCAAGAGGAAAUAAAGCACAAGGAAAGGAUUAAAGCUUUAGAAGAACAACACAAGAAAGAACUUGAAGUGGAAAGAUCUGAGCUGGAGCGUCUGCAGGCUGGAAAGAAUAUGGAAGCAGCUCGAGCCAGAUUGGAAGCCUAUGACAGAGAAAUACAAAUGUUUGAUGUCCAAUCAGUAAAGAGUGAGCAGGUGAGCCUAAAUACUGCAUCUCAGCCUCCUGCACCACACCCACCUAACACAGUCAUGUUGUCUGCGCCCACUGGUGUCGCUCAGCUAGCUCAAGCCGUGCAAGACAGUAUUGCAAUGAAUAGACUUCCUAUGCCAGAGCCAACAGUGUUCAGUGGUGAACCAAUUCAAUUCAUUGAAUGGAAAGCUUCCUUCAUGUCACUGGUAGACCAAAGGGGCAUUUCUGCUGCAGAUAAACUGUAUUAUUUAAAGAAGUAUGUCAGUGGUCCAGCUCGUAAAUGCCUUGAAGGCACCUUUUUCAGAAAUGAUGAAGCCGCCUACCAAGACGUUUGGAAAAAACUCAAUCAACGAUACGGUCAAGCAUUUGUUAUUCAAAGAGCCUUUAGAGAAAAGCUAUCAAGCUGGCCAAAAAUACAGUCUAAGGAUGCUGAAGGACUAAGAAGCUUUGCAGACUUCUCACAUGCUUGCCUGCUAGCGAUGCCUCAUGUAAAGGGACUGGAAAUAUUAAAUGAUUGUGAAGAAAAUCAAAAACUGACACAGAAGUUGCCUGACUGGGCAGCCGCCAGAUGGAACCGCCAGGUAACAAAGGCCCUGAUGGAAGGAAAAGAUUUUCCUAGCUUUCAGGAUUUUGCUGAAUUUCUGAUGCAGGAAGCAGAAGUGGCAUGCAAUCCAGUCACCUCCAUCCAUGCACUUCGUUCUUCUGAAGUACGCAGUGACAAAGGGAACUUAAAGGACUUUAAAAGGAAUAAAGCAAGUGUUUUCAAUACAAAUGUUGUACACAGCGACCAGCACACAUCAACCAGAGGACACAUGGGAUCUCUGUGCAUGUUGUGUCAAAAUACACAUCAGCUUCACAAGUGCCCAGCCCUCAUGAAAAGAUCGCUGGAAAGUAGAAGGACAUAUGUUAAAGAAUAAACUGUGUUAUGGCUGUUUAAAACAAGGUCACAGUGCAAAGGAUUGCAGACACCUCCUCACCUGUGACAUCUGCAUGAAAAGGCACCCGACCUGUCUUCAUGAUGAGAACUACAUCAAAUAUGUGAAAGGAGAAAGGCAUGUGAGUACGGACAGUGCAACACAAAACAACACAGUGGAAGCUGCUGCUAUGUCACUUAAUGUUGCCAGAGAAGGACAUUCUGCUAGCACUUCAAUGAUUCUUCCAGUGUGGGUGUCAUCUGUUGCAAACCCAUAUAAAGAAAAACUUGUCUAUGCUUUGUUAGACACUCAAAGUGACACCACAUUCAUCGAUCAAGAAGUGAGUUGUGAACUACAAGUAGAUAGCUGUCCAGUGAAACUAAAACUAACCACCAUGAUGGGAGAAAAUGCAGUUGUAAAUAGUGAAAAGGUAUCUGGUCUCCGUGUGAGGGGUUACAGGUCUGCAACACACAUUCCUCUCCCUGCUGCAUACACAAAGGAGUAUAUACCUGCAAACAUGGAACAUAUACCAACCUGUGAAACAGCUAAACGCUGGAGUCAUCUGUCACCAAUCAAAGAUGAAGUCCCACCGCUCCUCAGUUGUGAAGUAGGUCUCUUGAUUGGUUAUAACUGUUCCAGAGCCUUAGCACCUAGACAAGCGAUCCUAGGCAAAGAUGAUGAGCCUUAUGCUGUUCAGACAGAGUUAGGAUGGAGCAUAGUUGGUAGUUCAGCACCUUGCCUUGAAACAAGUCUGACAGCCAGCCUUUGCCAUCGUGUUGCUGUGAAAGAGAUCCCUCCAGCAACACCUGUGGAUGUAAUUCGAGCAUUAGAAAGCGAUUUCAAAGAAGUAAGUGGAAAUGACAAAACAGUGUCUCAAGAGGAUCUCAUCUUCCUCGACAAACUUAAAGCAGGCAUACGGAAGAAUGAACAAGGACAGUAUGAGAUGCCACUACCUUUUAAGGGAAGGCCCUACAUGCCUGAUAACAAACAGCUUGCAGAAGUCAGACUCAGCCACCUGAAAAGGAAAUUUUGCAGAAAUGAAAGAUACAAGGAAGAUUAUGUCAGAUACAUGACUGACAUCAUCAAAAGAGGUGACGUAGAGGAAGUUCAGGAUGAUGGAGUUCCUGGUGAGAAAUGGUACAUCCCACAUCACGGCAUCUACCAUCCAAAGAAACCAGAAAAACUACGUGUAGUUUUUGACUGUUCAGCCAAGCAUAAAGGAACCAGUCUCAAUGAGCACCUUCUGUCUGGACCAGACAUGAUAAAUAAUCUAACUGGUGUCCUUGUACGCUUCCGACAACAUCCAAUAGCUCUGAUGUGUGACAUAGAAAAAAUGUUUCAUCAGUUUAAAGUCCAAAAGAGAGAUCGUAACUACCUUCGCUUUUUAUGGUGGAACAAUGGAGACUUAAGUGCACAACCACAAGAGUACAGGAUAACAGUACAUCUCUUUGGUGCAGUGUCUUCCCCAGGAUGUGCAAACUAUGGACUAAAACAUCUGGCUCAAGAGAACAGGCUUACAUAUCCAUUAGGUGCACACUUCAUCACCAGAGACUUUUAUGUGGAUGAUGGUGUCACCAGCACAGAGACAGUGGAAAAAGGCAUACAGCUGACACGAGAAGCACGUGAACUGUGUGCUAAAGGUGGUCUGAGACUCCACAAGUUUGUGUCAAACAACAGUGUAAUUUUAGACAGUAUACCAGCAUCAGAACAUGCAACAGACAGCACAACAAAGAACCUUGCUUUCUGUGAGAAGCAAAUUGAGAGAGCACUAGGUAUUCACUGGAACAUUAAAAGAGACUGUUUUACAUUCAAUAUCACACUGAAAGACCAACCUCCCUCAAGACGUGGAAUAUUAUCCACAGUUGCAUCCAUAUAUGACCCCCUUGGUUUUGUCGCCCCCUAUCUUCUCAGUGGGAAAAGAAUCCUGCAAGAAAUGUGUCACCAUGGUCCAGGUUGGGAUGAGCCUCUGUCCGAGCAUCUGAGGCCAAGGUGGGAGCAUUGGAGAAAGGAUCUCAUCAAUCUGGAGAAAAUACAGAUUGCCAGAUGUUAUUUGCCUGACAACUUUGGAGAAGUGGUAAAAAGGGAACUGCAUCAUUUCUCGGAUGCGAGCACCACUGGGUAUGGACAGUGUACUUACCUGAGACUUGUGAACAAAAAUGGAGAAGCGCACUGUGUUUUCAUCAUGGGUAAAUCCCGCGUGGCUCCUACCAAAGUAACCACUAUUCCCAGGCUAGAACUGACGGCAGCAGCAGUCUCAGUAACAGUGAGUAACAUGCUCAAAGAAGAGCUAGUUUAUGGGGAUGUGGAAGAGUUCUUUUGGACAGACUCUAAAGUAGUUCUAGGAUACCUAAACAAUGAAGCAAGACGUUUUCACACAUUUGUUGCGAACAGGGUACAGAAGAUUCGCAACAGCACAAGGCCUGAGCAAUGGUUUUAUGUUUCCACCAAUGAAAACCCUGCAGAUAAUGCAUCCAGGGGAACAACAGUGGAUGAACUGCUGUCAUCCGAUUGGCUCGUUGGUCCUCAGUUCCUGUGGGAAGGAGAAAUUCAUCCUCCAGCAAGAGAAACCAUGGAACUUCCAAUCGGGGACCCAGAAGUUAAAAGGGUUCAAACAUUGCAAACAGUGACUGGAAAAGUGAGUCUUACUGACCGCCUGGUAAAGUUUUCAUCAUGGUCUCAGGCUGUCGGCGCUGUGGCACGUCUCAGACGGAGACUCCUAAAGGACAAGUCAAAUGCGCACUCUACUGUGAGUGAAAGAGAAAACGCAGAGCUCGUAAUCAUCAAAGAUCUGCAAAAACAAGCAUAUCAGGAAGAAAUAAAGACACUGAGCAAAGAGAAUCAGCUACCAAGGAACAACAAGCUAUAUCAUCUUGAUGUCUUUUUGGACAGAGAUGGUGUGCUUAAGGUGGGAGGAAGACUGCGUUGCUCAAAUCUUCCCAGCUCAUGCAAGCAUCCAACAGUCAUUCCCAGAGAGCAUCAUGUCACAAAAUUGAUAAUUGCACAUUGCCAUGAAAGGGUUAAACACCAGGGUAAAGGCUUCACUAUCAAUGAAAUCCGAUCCAGUGGCUAUUGGAUCCCAGGAUUAAGUCGAUGUGUUACAUCCUACAUUUGCCAGUGUGUGGUUUGUCGGAAAAUAAGGAGACCUGUAGAAGGACAGAAAAUGAGUGAUCUCCCGAGAGAAAGACUGGAACCUUCUCCACCUUUUACAUACUGUGGCAUGGAUUGUUUUGGUCCAUUCCUGACUAAACAAGGACGAAAAGAACACAAGAGAUAUGGCCUGCUCUUUACAUGCUUUUAUUCUCGUGCCAUUCAUGUUGAAAUGUUGGAGGAUCUGUCAACAGAUGCUUUCAUUAAUGGUCUACGCUGCUUUAUUGCAUUAAGAGGUUCGGUUAGACAAAUUAAAUGUGAUCACGGUACCAAUUUUGUCGGUGCCAAAAAUGAACUGAAUGCAGCACUCCAGGAAGUUGAUGCUGAGAGACUGACAACCUUCCUUGCAGAAAAACAAUGUGACUUUGUCUUUAAUGCACCUCAUGCAAGUCAUGCUGGUGGAGUAUGGGAGAGACAAAUAAGGACUGUAAGAAAUGUUCUCAAGUCUACACUCUCACUUUCUCCUGGUAGACUCAAUGAUGCCUCCCUAAGGACUUUAUUGUAUGAGGUUGCUGCAAUCGUGAAUAGCCGCCCUCUUACAACAGAUAACUUGGAUGAUCCAAACAGUCUGGAACCACUCACUCCUAAUCAUCUCAUAACCAUGAAAGCCACCACUGCAUUACCUGCCCCAGGCAAGUUUGUGAGAGAGGAUCUAUAUGGACAAAAAAGAUGGCGCCAAGUACAAUAUCUAGCGGAACAGUUUUGGAGUCGCUGGAGGAAGGAGUAUCUCCAUAACAUCACAACCAGACAACGAUGGCACACACCUAAGAGAAACAUACGAGCAGGUGACAUUGUGAUGGACACGGAUGAAACACAGCCAAGAUCUGUGUGGAGACUGGGAAGAGUCUCAGAGACAGUAGUGGAUAAAGAUGGACUCGUUAGGAGAGCUAUGAUAUUUCUUGGAGAUAGAAAUCUGAACAAAAGAGGUGAACGUAUAAACAAAGCAUCCGUGGUAGAGCGCCCUGUUCAUAAAUUAGUUCUGCUACUAGAAGCCCCUUAAAUGUAAAUGAAAUGUAAAAAUACUGAAGGUGCUAAUGUACAUGUGUUCUACAAAGGUCAUUUCAUGUUAAGAAAUUAUUUGUGUUUUAAGUUGACUUAUAGGUAAAACACUUAAUAAUUUGGUGGGAGUGUAAAAGACUCAAAUUUAUUAUGGUUAAAAUAUGCGGAUUUUAUUUUGAAAUGUGUUUUAUGUUAUUUCCUGUUAUAAAGGAAGUUUAUUUUGAAAGGUCACUUAGCGCGCAUACUGAGCUAAAAAGGUAAACAGUACACGGUAAAAACGGCAAGAAGCACAGAGUAAGGAGUGAUAAAAACGGCACGGAUAAACGGGAGAGUAAGGUGUAAUAAGGAAUUUAGCUCCAGUUGAAAGUGGCAACAAGGUACAGUAAAUAUAUCUUCUCAAGGUUGUGGUUCAAAGGAAAUACGGUGUUACUUUUGAAGCUAGUGUGACAAGCUAAUGUGAUAUUUCUGUGUUUAUUUCCAUUGUAGCUCUUACGUUGGUCCUAUGUUGAGCUACGUUGGUCUAAGUUGGACGCGCAAACUGCAGCCUGGUUUAUGACCUGUAAUAAAAGACAUUCGACCAUCAGUCCUGGCUUUCACUGAUUUCAACUGCCUCAGGCAGCCACUGGACAGAGGAGAAAGAGCCUGAAGAGGAAGGCCCUGACCACCUGUAUGCUUUGCCUUCCUGCCCCAAGGCUACAAAGGAUUAGAGCUACUGUUUAUUUGGAGUGAAUGUUGAAUUGUUUUGUAAUUGUGUGCACCUGUUAAUAAAAGAAACCUUGAUGUCA